AUGGGGUGCGGGUAUCGACUCCCGAUAGCAGACCGCAGAGGGGCUCCACGUGGCACGCGGGCUGCAGCUGCAAUCGUGUCAGCGCUUUUUCUAAUUUGCCAAAGGAGUGCUGAGGCUGAGAAGGAAGCGGGAGGAAGGAUAAAGAUUUAUAACAAAAAGAUGAGGAAAUCAGCGGUCUUUCAUGAUAACUCGGCCAUUGUCAAAUAUGGGUCAAAAGCGUGCACCGUCAGGACAGAGCCUCAUACUAAUCAGGACGUCCACCCCCUAAGCUUAAAGGUGAUAAUCAAUCAGCCAGUCCUAUCGUACACACACUGAGACAGAAGGGCAAGAAGGGACCAGAAGCGGAGGGCGACCACCUGGGAGAUAAGCGUGACCUGACGCUCGGAGCAAACAUGUUGUCGCGCGCGGCACAAGUCCUUGCGCUACGCGGCGCUAUGCGUCCGGGAGCAUGCGGCGGCAGCAAUUGCCUGAUAGAUUAGUGCUAUUUUUACCUCGGCGCACCCACCGCUGCGAGCUAGCUAGAGACCUACAGGGUGGUCCAUAGACCCCUUCCUUUAUUUUGCUUAUACUGUACCGGAUGCAGGUGUGCGGCCGGGUUGCAUACUCGCACGGGGCCAUAAGGCGCCGUGGGGAGCGACGGUAGGCAAGCCCGUCCGCAAGCCUGCAUGCGGUACAGUAUAAUCAAAAUAAAGGAAGGGGUCUGUGGACCACCCUGUAUAGAGACGAGAGACGAGGGCGUCACUUUUGCCCUACUAAAUUUCAACAGCAGCGCACCGGCGGCACCGGCAUCAAUGGCGUGUGCCGGAUCGAAAACAAUACAGUGAAUUGCCCCGGCAACAGGGGUGGGGCCGGUGGGGCACCCGCAGACGCCAGCAGCUGCCAGAGACGGCUGACCACAGCUGCAUGUCCAGCAGCAGACCACAGCACCGGGCGGCCGCGGCGGCGGCGCGGUCGUGGUCCCCCGGGGGGCGCGGGGAGGAGGGCACGCGAGAGGCAAUCGGCGGGUAAAGCCACCCUCCCCCUCAGCAGCAAUGCCGGACACGCCGGAGGACGCUGAGGACCCCGCGGCCGCCGGGCCGGAGUGUCAAUCCCAGAAGCGUCCCCAAAGAGAGGCCGAGGACGGGUCCAGGGCGGUGACGCGGGGCCGGGCCCUGUGCAGCAUCCGCCCGCCCUUCUGGUGGUACGGCGGGCGCAACUGCCCGGCGCGCCCCGGCGGCGACCCGGACGACUACGAGCCGCGGCCCCACCGCGUCGUGCGGGUCCCCGAGGCCAUCCCCAACCUCCUGCAGCGCCUGGGCGUGGACAGCGAGGGCCAGUACCUGCCCGGGCAGCAGCAGCAGCGGGCCGGCGACUCGCCCCCCGAGGUACCAGACAACGUCCUUCCUGGUGACGUCGACGGUGGCGACGAGGCUCGCAGCCACGAGUUCUGCAGCUGCCGCAAGGAGACGUGGGUCCGAGGGGGACCGCUGGGGCCCAACCGUCCGGAUCCGUCGCAGGGCUGCCGGUGCGCGUGCUGCAGGCCUAGGCGCCCGCCGAGGCCGUCGCCGACCCGGGCUGUCGCGAUCCCCCUUGAAACUCCCGUUGAAACCUGGCAGGCUCGCCCCCCGUUCUGGUGGUGGUGCCACGACAAGCGGUCCGAGCGGCCUGGUGGGGACCCCGCCCUGUACGCCCCGAUCUUCCCCGUCAAGCAGUCCCAGCCAGGGCCGCCGCUCGCGCACCGACUGGAGGUGGACGACCCAGGCUUUUACAUACCCGGACAAGUUAUUUUCGGUUUCACACCCCCAAUCCAUCAGUACUGGCUGGAGCCGACACCAGAGCAUUGCCCGGACGAUUAUCUGACGCUUAGUGGGCUGGAGUCCCGGGCGGGGGCGGGGGCGCCCUGGGAGGCGAUGCUCCCGCUCGGUGACCCGACCCCGAGCUGCUCGCGCCAUGGUGGGCUCCCGAUGCACCCGGACGCGCUGCCCAGCCUUCUGUAUUCGGAGAUGGUCGGAGCGCGAGCUGCACCGCCUCAAAGGAACCUGCGGAAACCAAACCCCGGCUUCCACCGCGCCGAGGCCUGCGACACGUGCUGCAAUCAGUCUGUUCAAACAAUGGCGAGCGUACUCCCGUACGGAUGGAGGGGCUGGCCUGGCGUCAAAAAGGCCCACAUGUUUUACCGAGACCUGCACCCUUGCCAAAGAUUGGCGCACUGUACGAGAUGCAAGUGUUGACUGACUUCCUCUUUCGGCGACGAAGCGACAAUGUUCAAGUUCGGCGCCUUCAGGGAACUAUUUACAGCUUGGCCAAUGUGAAAAAGAAAAUGCACGCGCCCUCACGGAAUAAACGCAGUAGCCAGGAGACGUAGCGAACUUCGAUUGUUACCUUGG